AUUCAAGUGUGUGGCUAUAGCUAUCUAAAUUGCAUUAUUCCCUGUUUUUCUUAAAAAUUGUUUUUAUUAAAUUUACCAUUUUUUCAUUUGUAACUUGGGUUUCUUUAAUUUAUUAAAAAAUUGUAUACGUUUAAAUAAAACCGUUAGUUUUCAUUUUAUUGUAUUUUUUUCAGCUUAUAGUAUGUCUUCAAAUAAAACUACACCUACUAGACUAUAUCAACCUCCUCACAUGCGCUUUAGACAUAACAAUAAUUCAGAUUUUUCAAAGAAUGAAAACUUAAUGAAGAUAGAAAAUAAAAGUGCUUUGGUUAAAAGCACCAGUUUAUCAAAUUUUUUCAAUGAAAAACCUAAUAAAAUAUAUAUACCUCCAGCAUUGCGUUCCAUUCAAGAAGCUGAUCAAAAUAAAAUUAAUAACAACUUUGAUGUGAAUGACACCUAUUCAGAUUAUAAGGAUCGUAUGUUUAAGGGAAGUAAUUUGGAAUAUAGGAAGAAAUUAGAAACUUCAAAAACUAUUUAUGUAGGAAAAUUAAAUUUAUGUUCUACUGAAAGUGAUAUUUACGAUUUAUUUUCAAAAGCUGGACAAAUCAAACGCAUUAUUAUGGGUAUAGAUAAAGAAACAAAAGGUUCAGGUGGUUUUUGCUUUAUAGAAUAUGAAACACGCUUGGGUGCUGAAACUUGCAUGACAACUAUGCACAAUGCUGUUCUUGAUGGUAAAUCUGUAAAUGUUGACUGGGAUGCUGGUUUUGUUGAAGGUCGUCAAUAUUGUCGUGUAAAGCAAAAUAAAAAAUAUUUAUUUUCAAACUUUUCUUCAAAAUUUGUUCAACCAAAAUGGUAAUUAUUUAUGAUUAAAUUAUUAUUAUUGUAGUUACACGUUAUGUAAUAUUUAUGGUAGUUAGAAGUUUUUAAAAGAAAUAUUAAGUUAUGGUAUUGUAUUAUUUUAUAUGAAAAUGUUAUACAUUAUUUUUUGUUAUAUAAUAUUUAAGUUAUAUUAAUAUUUUCAAUAUAUAUAUCUAA